UGCAUCACAUUUUACAAAAUACUCGUGAAUACAUAACCUCAACGAAGUCGUUUUUGGAUUGUUUUUGUGAAAAUAGCUUGUUUAAACAUAAAGUUAAGUAUAAAAAAUUAUAAUUAUAAUAUAAAAUAUCAAAAAGAAACAUCUUUUUUACAACAUAAAAAGCGAUUGGUUUCAUUUCAACUUUAACAACACUCCAGGUUAUUUUUAUUAUAGUUAGAAAAGGAAUAAGAAAAUCAAUAUUUAAAGGGCGAGCAACUACACGAUAUUGAUUGAGCAUAUUUGGUUGCCUACAUAGGUUAAAAAUAUUAAAAAAUGUUAUCUCCUUUGGUUGAAGUUUUAAACAAUAUGAGAGUUAUAUUGGCGACGAGUUCGAAACAACGUAUCGAUAUCUUUAAGAAAACUCCAAUUAAAUUUGAAAUAAAAACGUCCGAUUUUGAAGAAAAUUUGGAUAGAAAUAAAUACACUUUUUCGGAAUACGUAGAAUUAACAGCUUUGGGAAAAGUACAAAAAGUUUACGAACAAUUAAAAAAUGAUGAUAAACCACCAGAUUUAAUAAUCGGAUUAGACACUAUGAUAUGUUGUGAUAAUUAUUUCUUUGGAAAACCGAAAGACAAAGAUGAUGCCAUUCAAAUUAUCAGGAGAUUAUCCUCAGGAUCUCCCCAUACUUGCUUAACUGGUGUUGCUAUCUUUUAUAAAGGAAGAUAUACAAAAUUUUGUGAAAGCACAACCAUUUUUAUGGAAUCGUUAACCGACGCUGAAAUAUUAUCUUAUGUGGAAUCUGGAGAGUCCAUGGGAAAAGCUGGAGCUUAUGCAAUUCAAGGACUUGCUGGUUCUUUUGUAAAGAAAAUCGAUGGGGAUUAUAAUAAUGUUGUUGGAGCUCCAUUAUGUCGAAUCACACAAGAACUUAAAAAAAUUCUUUUAAAUAAUGAAUGACUUAAAUGAAAUUUUAAAAUUAAUAUAGUUAAAUAAAACUUUAAAAUUGUUAUUGGCCCACUUUUUGUAUCUACUAUAUUUAAGUAACUUUCUAGUUUUAGGUUUAGUGUUCGUUCUAAUUUUAGUUGUUAUUGAGUGCUACUAAAGAACUAUUAUUGUAUGGUCAUCAAUUCUGGCGGGAGCCACUUGGCCAAUAUCAUUUUCACAACUUAAUGAAAACAAAUUUAACACAUCAAACAAACAUAAUCCAAAAGCAGAACUAAAGUUUUUCAUUAAAAAAAAAUUACAACCUAAGAACAUGGAGUGACAACUUUUGCGCCACCCUGUAGAUACUAUAUGGGCAAAAAUCGUACAACAAGCUGAAGCAAACUUGUCAAGCUAGGAAUUUUGUACCCAUUCAUGGAACAUUGUUUUGCAUCUACCAGGGCCAAAAAUAAGAAUACAAAAUCGGAACUUGAUUGCCUUUUUAAAUAAUUUCUCAAAAUUUACAACAUUUAUACAAGUAAGAAAAUGUUCUGUAUCUACAAUAGGGAUAUGUGUUGCACCUUGCAUGAUUUUUUUAAUACAAAUAAUAUAACCAACAAAAACUAA